AUGGCGGCCGCCGCCGGCGGCCUCGACGUGGCGGCGGUGGAAAGUUUCCUAGAGAGGCACCCGGAGCUGGUGGAGAAGUGGCUGAAAAGGAAGAACUCGCUCCCUAAAGCACCUCCAGCCCCCGCCGCCGGCCCGUCGGAGGAGCGGCGGAGCAGCGGCGCCUUCAGCGGCGGCUGGGGCAGCUCGGGCAGCUCCGGCGGCGGGGUGCUGCAGCGGCGACCCUCCCAGAAGGAGCUUCGGAAGAGCUUCGCCCGCUCCAAGGCCAUCCAUGUCAACCUCACCUACGACGAGCAUGUGCACGCCCGGGCGCAGGAGCCGCUGAGCAGCGUGCGGCGGCGGGCCCUGCUGCGGAAGGCCAGCUCCUUGCCCCCCACCACCGCGCACAUCCUCAGCGCCCUGCUGGAGUCCCGCGUCAGCUUGCCCCAGUACCCCCCCACCGCCCUGGACUACAAGCGCUACCUCAAGGAGCAUAACGAGCGUCAGUUCUUCCUGGAGCUAGUCAAAGAUAUCUCCAACGACUUGGACCUCACCAGCCUCAGCUACAAGAUCCUCAUCUUCGUCUGCCUCAUGGUGGACGCUGACCGGGGCUCCCUCUUUCUCGUGGAGGGCGCCGCCACCGGCAAGAAGAGCCUGGUCUCCAAGUUCUUCGACGUGCACGCUGGCACCCCGCUGCUGCCCUGCGGCUCCACCGAGAACAGCAACGAGGUGCAGGUGCCGUGGGGCAAGGGCAUCAUAGGCUACGUGGCGGAGCACGGAGAGACGGUCAACAUACCCGACGCCUACCAGGAUCGCCGCUUUAAUGAUGAGAUUGACAAACUGACUGGAUAUAAGACAAAGUCACUCUUGUGCAUGCCCAUAAGAAACAGCGAUGGAGAGAUUAUUGGCGUUGCCCAAGCAAUAAAUAAGACUCCUGGAGGUGCCCCUUUUUCUGAUGAUGAUGAAAAAGUGAUGCAGAUGUAUCUCCCAUUCUGUGGGAUUGCCAUAUCCAAUGCCCAGUUAUUUGCAGCUUCAAGGAAGGAAUAUGACAGAAGCAGGGCUUUACUGGAAGUAGUGAAUGACCUCUUUGAGGAACAGACUGACUUAGAGAAAAUUGUCAAGAAAAUUAUGCAUCGGGCCCAGAAUCUGCUGAAAUGUGAACGGUGCUCGGUAUUACUUUUGGAAGAUAUUGAAUCACCAGUGGUGAAAUUUACCAAAUCUUUUGAGUUGUUAUCUCCAAAAUGCAAUGCUGAUACUGAAAACAGUUUCAAAGACAGCAUGGAGAAAUCAUCAUCUUACUCUGACUGGCUAAUAAACAACAGCAUUGCUGAACUCGUAGCUUCCACAGGUCUCCCAGUGAAUAUCAGUGAUGCCUGUCAGGAUCCUCGCUUCGACGCUGAAGCUGACCAGAUUUCUGGCUUUCAUAUAAGGUCUAUCCUAUGUGUUCCUAUAUGGAAUAGCAGCCACCAAAUAAUUGGAGUAGCUCAAGUGUUGAACAGGCUUGAUGGGAAACCCUUUGAUGAUGCUGACCAGCGACUUUUUGAAGCUUUUGUUAUUUUUUGUGGCCUGGGCAUCAACAACACAAUUAUGUAUGACCAGGUGAAGAAAUCCUGGGCAAAACAGUCUGUGGCUCUUGACGUGUUAUCUUAUCAUGCAACAUGUUCGAAGGCAGAAGUUGAUAAAUUUAAGGCAGCAAACAUCCCUCUGGUGUCAGAGCUUGGCAUUGAUGAUAUCCAUUUUGAUGACUUCUCACUUGAUGUGGAUGCCAUGAUUACUGCAGCCCUGCGGAUGUUCAUGGAACUUGGAAUGGUUCAGAAAUUUAAAAUUGACUAUGAGACACUGUGUAGGUGGCUUUUGACAGUUAGGAAGAAUUAUCGAAUGGUUUUGUAUCACAACUGGAGGCAUGCUUUCAACGUCUGCCAGCUAAUGUUUGCCAUGUUAACUACUGCAGGAUUUCAGGAGAUUCUAACUGAAAUUGAAAUUUUAGCUUUGAUUGUGGGAUGCUUAUGUCAUGACCUUGACCACAGGGGAACCAACAAUGCCUUCCAAGCCAAGAGCGGAUCAGCCUUAGCUCAGCUCUACGGCACCUCUGCUACCUUGGAGCACCACCAUUUCAAUCAUGCUGUCAUGAUUCUCCAAAGUGAGGGUCACAACAUCUUUGCUAACUUGUCCUCUAAGGAGUACAGUGACCUUAUGCAGCUUCUAAAACAAUCGAUAUUGGCAACAGACCUCACUCUGUAUUUUGAGAGAAGGACUGAGUUUUUUGAACUUGUCAGUAAAGGUGGUUAUGACUGGAACAGAAAAAAACACCGGGAAAUAUUUAGAUCAAUGCUAAUGACAGCCUGUGACCUUGGAGCUGUGACCAAACCGUGGGAGAUUUCAAGACAGGCAACUGAGCUGGUAACUAGCGAGUUCUUUGAACAAGGAGACAGAGAAAGAUCUGAACUCAAGCUCACCCCUUCUGCCAUUUUUGAUCGGAACAGGAAAGAUGAACUACCCAGGUUGCAGCUCGAGUGGAUUGAUAGCAUCUGCAUGCCAUUGUAUGAGUGUCUAGUGAAGCUGAAUGUGAAACUGAAGCCUAUGCUGGACUCCGUGGCAGUAAAUAGAGGUAAAUGGGAGGAGAUGCACCAAAAAAGACUUCCUUCUCAGGCGGCAUCCUCAACCUCCAUUUCCUCUAUCUUUACCAUGUCUCUCAAGGACAUCAAUUAG